AUGGGCUGGCCAACUCUGGACCUCGGACACGCCGGUGCUGUCCUAGCACUCACGACGCUGUUUACCCUCCCCGGUGCCACGGCCCUUGCAUCUCAGCUAAGGCAUCAAAGGGCUCGGGAUCGAUUCUACGAAGAUGCUGAUGGGCGUAGCACGCCCGAGGCCCUCGGCCGGUUCUCGAAUAGGUGGCCCAAGGCCCUCCUCCUCCUCCUCUCUAGUGUGGGCGCUGGUAUCUCGAUACUAAUCCUAAUAUUCUCACUGCACACUGGUGAGGGUGGGAUCGCUGGGGUCGGUGAGCACAGUAUGCUCACGGCAACAUGGGGCCUCAUUCUCGUGCAAGCCAUUGGCAUCAUGGUGCAACAUUCACCAGUCAAAAUUCACAAUCUGGGUCUAUGGCACUCCUUCUCCUCCCUCCUCGCCGCCUCUCUCUCCGUUCGCCCCCUCACGAGAGUCUCGUGGCAGGCGGCACCCUACAAAGACCCCGCCGCCCUCGUCUGGACAGCCCACACCCUAACCACCCUGGCCCUGGCCCUCACGAACAUCACCCUCCCCCGCCGACCAGACGUCUCCCAUCACGGCCGCCCCGUUGACGCGCAGUGGACCGUCUCGACCCUCAGCAGGCUCACCUGGAGCUGGGUGCAGCCCCUCCUUCGACAGGCCACCCUUCAACAUGACCUCAACGUCGACGACGUGCCGCUCGGGGGCCGCGGCCUGCGCUCCGCGGACCUGGCGCGGGACUGGGCGGACGCCGAGGGGAAGAGGAAACCCGGGGCCACGCUCUUCCGCUCGCUGAUGUGGGCGUACAGGAGCAGGCUGGCGUUGCUAUGGGCGGUUAUUGUGUUUCGGUGCUUCAUCAGCGUGGUGCCGUUUUGGACUAUGCUGCACAUCAUGAAAGUGCUCGAGCAGAGAGAUGAGGGCGAGUCGCAACAUUCUGAGCUGCUGGCUCUCGUGGUUCUUAUGGCUGGUUCGAACCUGCUUGAUGCCUGGAUUGAGAGUUGGGCAUACUGGUUCACCAUGGCCGACCUCGCGCUGCCCAUCCGCGCCCAACUCUCUAGCCUCGUCUUCGGCAAGUCCCUCCGCCGCAAAGACGUCAAGUCCCCCAGCAGAAACCAAGAGUCCCAAUCCCCUAUCGCCCUCGAGGCCCAGAACGGGCCAGCAGCCACCACUACCGCCGCAGCCGCAGCCCCCGCUGCCCAGUCCACUAUCAACGAUAAGAAUGACAACGACGACAAUGACGAUGACUCGAGCCAGUCGGCCGUCAACCUUGUCGCCGUCGACACGGAGCACAUCACCACCUUUGCCCAGUAUCACUUCCUCCUGCUCAAUGGCGUCCUCAAGCUCCUCGUCUUCUCCACCUUCCUCAUCCAGCUCAUGGGCUGGGCCCCCUUCGCCACUGGCCUCCUCGCCUGGGCCGCCACCCUCCCCGCCAACGCCUGGUUCACGCGCCUUCUCGUCGGUCAGUCCAAGACGCUCAUGGCGGUGCGCGACUGCAAGCUGGCCCUGCUCGGCGAGGUGCUCCGCGGCAUCCGGCAGGUCAAGUUUGCCGCGCUAGAGGCCCGCUCGAAGUCGAGUGUUCUGGGCCUGCGGGAGAGGGAAUUGGGCGUGCUGUGGCGCUUCUUCGUUGCGGACACGGGGCUGGGGGCCUGCUGGAUCGCGAGUCCCAUCCUGCUGGCCGCGACGUCGCUGACGGUGUACGUGGCCAUUCACGGGCGGCUACUGCCUUCGGUGGCGUUUGUGAGCAUCGGCAUGUUUAAUACGCUCGAGACGACGCUGGGGUCGCUCCCGGAGCUCGUCACGCUGGGCAUCGAGUUCAUGGUGUCGCUCCGGCGGAUCGCUACGUACCUGAAAGGGCCGGAAGUGCAAGGCAUCGAGCAGCAGGGGUCGAACGUUGUCUUCUCGGAUGCCUCCGUCUCGUGGCCUGUCGACGGUGAUACGGCUACCAAGGACAGAUUCAUCCUGCGCGGUCUCGACUUUGCGUUUCCGGAGGGGGAGCUCUCGGUCAUCACCGGCAAGACGGGCACGGGGAAGAGCCUCCUCCUCUCCGCGAUCCUCGGCGAGGUCGACGUCCUCAAGGGCUCCGUUCACGUCCCUGUCACUAGCCAGCCUGUAGACGACGACGAUGAACACGAGGACAGUCCCCCUCCUAACACGGACAACUGGAUCAUCCCUGGCUCGUUGGCCUACGUCGCCCAGAACCCCUGGCUCACCAGCAACUCCCUCCGCGACAACAUCCUCUUCGGCCUACCACUCGACCGGUCCCGAUACGACCAAGUGAUCGACGCCUGUGCCCUGAGGCAGGACCUCGCCGCGCUGGCCGACGGGGACGAGACGUACCUGGGGUCUAACGGCGUCAACCUUAGUGGCGGGCAGAAGUGGCGCCUCACCCUCGCGCGCGCCGUCUACUCGCGGGCAUCGGUGCUCGUCCUUGAGGACGUCUUCUCCGCCGUGGACGCACACGUCGGACGCUGGAUCUUUGAGCGUUGCCUGAGGGGGGCACUGUGCGAGGGCAGGACGAGGAUUCUUGUCACGCAUAACCUGGGGCUGGUCUGGGCGGGAACAAGAUUCCUGGUUGAGCUCGGUGAGGACGGUGCCGUUGUUCACGCUGAGAGGCCGAAGCGCGAGUCUCUCGGGGCCGUCAUGGAUGCCGAGAGCAGCUCGUUCGACAGAGAACAGAGUGAGACUGCUUCAGCAGACGCUGUUCACAUUCCGCAAGUGGUACAGCCUGCCUCGGCAGUUCCGUCUUCGUCGCUUGACGGGAAGAGCAAACGCAAGUUUGUGCAGGACGAGACGCGGCAAAAGGGCACCGUAAGCAACCACGUCUACAAGACAUACAUCAAGAGCUGCGGCAACGUCUACCUGUGGUUUAUCUGCGCCCUGAGCUUCGUCACGUACGAGGCCGGCAUCAUCGGCCGAGCGUGGUGGUUACGCAAAUGGACAUCCACUUCUAAGAGCACCCAAGACGGCCUGCACGUCGCCAACGUCUUCCACGACGACCAGACUAGCCUCGUCCCCACGGCGAGCACCUUUAUCGCACAGCAGUACCACCACCCCCUGUCAUACGUUGACGUCUACAUCCUCAUCUCGGCCGCCACGGCCGUAGUCGGCGCCGUCCGCUUCUUCUGGACCUACAUCCUCUCCAUCAAGGCCAGCCGCCACACCUUCGAGCGCAUGCUCGCUGUCGUCCUGCAUGCCCCUCUCCGUUGGCUCGACACUGUCCCCACGGGGCGCGUGCUCAACCGCUUCACAGCCGACUUCAACAUCAUCGACGAACGCAUCAACGCGAGCUGGACUCUCUUCGCCUCCAACGCCCUGCGCCUAGUUGGCAUAUGCACCGGCUCGCUGCUCGUCUCGGGCUACCUCGCCUUGCCCGCGCUGCUUCUCCUCGGCGUGGGCCUCAUCACGGGCCGCCGCUAUCUCGCCGCCAGCCGCCCGCUCAAGCGCCUCGAGAGCAACGCCAAGUCGCCCGUGUUUGACGUCUUUGCCACGACCUGGGCCGGCAUCGCCACGGUCCGCGCCUUUGACCGAGUCGCCGCCGCCUGCGUCACGCAGAUGCACGCCCACGUCGACGCCUGGCUUAUGGCGACGUACUACAUCACCCUUGCCAACCGCUGGAUGAGCUUCCGCAUGGCCCUCGUGGCCGCGCUUUUCUGUGUGUCUGUUGGCGCUUUCAUCAUCUACGACCCGGCCGUGGACGCCGCCCUCGCCGGCUUCGCGCUGUCCUUUGUCCUCGACUUCUCUGAAAACCUGCGGUGGACGAUCCGCUGCUACGGGGACAUGGAGCUGGCCAUGAACGCCAUGGAGCGGGCGGUCGAGUACAUGAAUCUUGAGACAGAGCGCCUGGACGGGGAGAAGCCGUCCGCGGCAUGGCCAACGUCGGGCUCAGUCGAGAUUGAGGACUUGGAGGUGGCGUAUGCGCCCGACCUGCCGCCCGCUCUGAGUGGUCUCUCGCUGCGUGUGGGCCACGGGGAGCGUGUUGGUGUUGUUGGGCGGACGGGAACUGGCAAGUCUUCUCUGACACUUGCGCUGUUUGGAUUCCUUGAGUCGCGACGGGGGAGUAUCCUCGUUGAUGGGAUGGAUGUGUCCAAGGUUUGCAUGCAGGACCUGAGAUCACGCAUGUCCAUCAUUCCUCAGGAUCCCGUCCUCUUCUCCGGAACCAUCCGGUCCAACCUGGACCCUUUCAACGAACACGCCGACAGCGAACUCUUUGACGCCUUGGCCAGAGUCCAGCUCAUAGACCCCUACUCAACAGACUUCCCAACCCCAAUCCCAACCUCAACAUCUUUCAUGAACAUCUACACAAACACAAAUACAAACAUCUUCCAAGACCUCCACAGCCCCAUCUCCCAGUCGGGUGGUAACCUCUCACAGGGCCAGCGCCAACUCCUCUGCAUCGCCCGUGCCAUCGUCGCGCGCCGCAAGAUCACGGUACUUGACGAAGCCACCUCCGCCGUCGAUGUGCCCACCGACAUUCUCAUCCAGCGCAGUAUCCGCGAGGGGUUCGGUGGUGACAGCAGUGGCAACGGGAAGAACGGCACGCUCAUUGUUAUCGCGCACCGGCUUAGCACCGUGGCCGACUUUGACAAGAUUCUCGUGCUUGAGGGCGGGCGCAUGGUCGAGUAUGGUACGCCGAGGGGGUUGUGGGAGGGGGGCGGUGCGUUUCGGAGGAUGUGUGAGACUAGUAGCGAGGGGGAGAAACGGAAGUUAAAGGAGGCUAUAUUUAGCGUAGAGCCAUAA